UUGUAAGUCAAGGUUUUAGAUGUUAUCUGGUUUGGCUACACGUUUGGUGCAAGGAUAAGGCAUUUACCAUAUAGAUUCAGUACGGGACGGCGACGACAUAUGAACGCUCUGGCAACCAGCUGCAAGAGAAAUCUCGAGGGUGACUGUGAGGCUGAGGGACCCGUUGCGCGUAUGCGCUGUCUGCAUUGUUUGCCCGUUCAUUCGCCUUGUGGUUACUUGCCACCUGUUGUAGUAUUUUGUACUAUUUGGCGUGCUUUGGAGAAACGUGGCCACUGGACGUACUUUGUAACCAGAACGCCCGCACAGGGCCCUGAUUGAAAGUAGACAAGACUAACAGCGGGUACUACUGUGGGCCAUUUGCGCAGGCUGCUGUGCGAAGGGACGCCAUGAACUUCGGGGCUUGGUUUCCUGCUGUGGCGAACCUUUUGUUUGUAUGGGCACCCGUCCAUGCUCACAUAUAUGAAGAUAACUUGGGAGGGCAAAUUUCACUUCUCGGACCCCUGGUGUGCUUUGCCGUAUUUAUAGCCAUCUGUGCUUGCUUUUGCCGAGAGUGUCGGCGCCGGGAAGCCAUGCUGGCAUCCACGACAGCCGUCCCAGUUGACCCCUUUCGCACUUCAGGCCCUGUUCCUUAUGGGCCCGCUGUAGCAGGUGCACGGCCAGCACCUAUGGCUCAGCCUGUGCAUCCACCUUACAGUCCACCUUACAGCCAGCCACCAGCACCCUCCCAGACCCAGCCGCCCCCACCAGGCUUCCUUGGCUACCCAUAUGGUAGCAUGCCCCAGGAGCCACCUCCACCAUAUGAGUACAAGUGAUUACAGUGUGCUGGACCGAAUGACACAAGGACUAUGGCUUAGAGAAGAUGCGCCUGUGGUCUACACCUCAGCUCCUGCUAGCCUUAUUAUGCCCCCACAAUGCUUGUUGGUGCUUACGUAGGUUGUACGCUCGGCCUUUGACACUCUGUGAUGGCAUCGAGACGAGGCAGUGGCUCGUAAUAUAUGCUCUGGGAAGUCUCUGUAUCUGUGUGACACAGAGCGGAUAGCCAAUACCAACAUUGUAUCUGUGGCACAACAGGCUGAGUGUCAAUGUACUUGAGAUUACUUUGGCAAUCGGUGUUUUGCUACUUAAGGCAUUACAUGUGUUCUUUCUUUUAAGGGCGCAUGGUACUAAAUACCCAAGGUAUGACUUAUCUUGGAAAAAACAUAGCAGAGACUAGUUAUUUCGAGGUGCUGAUCUCAAAGUGCGGCACUUUCACUGGUGUCUUGUGAGGCACUGUUAAAACUCAGGAUUGUAAUGCUGCUCUUACAUAAAAUGCAGUGCUUGAACAAGAAGCCAUGGUAUUGCUGUUCAAGUGAAUAUUCUUACGUGCCUGCCUUAAUUAUAUAUAUAUAUAUAUACCAUAAAUGCCAUUUUUCCUAUGUUAAACUGUUACCGUUACAUGUAGUGAUGCCUGCAUGUUAAAGUACUUCGAGUAAAUUUUUGUAAUUUUUUAUGUCAGAAACUCCUAAUUUUGAGAAGAGGCAUGUGACCGUUUUUUUUUUUUUUUUUCUAAAGUAUGGUUGUGUAAGGAAUAUGGUGCUAUAGCAUCAUUUUUCACAUGUAUAAGUUGCUCUCUUUAGCUGUCCACUGGCUGGAUCCAGUGCUCAGCAAUAUUGUUGUCAAAACAUUUUAAUGAAAUGGCACAAUCAAGAAAAUUUUGCACUAAGUCUAUCUUCACUGAGAUUAUAUUGUUACAUUACACUGUGGUAAAUUGUGUCAUAGACUGGAACUAGUGGUGCUUGCACUAGUUCAUUGGAGCUUAUAUAUCACAUUUUGUUGUCCAGACAAUAAAAUUGUUUUAGUAAAUUUCACAAGCUCUUCACAUGAUGAAGGCUCACUCAGUCUACUUCAUUUCAAUAUUUUGUGUGCUUGUACUUUCUGCAUGUUGAUUUACCCUACACCAAGAUGCACAAGUCCAUUUCUGCUGCUGUUUUUGUGCAUAUUCAAGAAUACUGCCCUUGAUAUGCAGCACCAAAUACAUUUUGUAUUUGAUGUAUAAUGCCAUCCAUAAAAAUAUGCGGCAUUAUUCAAUUCAG